AUGGACCUGGACUCGGGCCGACAGAUCGAUCCCGAUGUUCAAGCCACUCUCAGCGACUUCCUCACAUACAGCGAGCACCUUCCCUCGACGGUAACGCGCAGUCUGUUCCUCAUCCAGAGCCUGAACCGCAAGGCCGACGACCUUCAGCUCGAGAUUCACAGCCUUCUGUCCAAAUACAGCAACCUUCCACAAGCCACCGCGAAUGCGACAGACGCGCCUGAUCCCGUUCAGUUGCGACGGGACAUCAGCCGUGCUUACGACUCUCUGGAGAGAUGCAAGCGCAUGUCGGCUGCUGAAGCCAUCCGUCUCGAAGAAACAGUCGUCAAAGAUGCGACAAAGCUGCAGCUUGUUCAGAGGAAACUGAAAGCUCUGCCUCUCCCACCCGAACGCGAUGCCACUCCCGAGCCUGGCCUGACCUCUCCCCAGCUGAGAAGGAACGCCCAAGCACAACAACAGGCCGAAAAGCGCACUGCUCAGCACCGCACUGGUACCGCCCCACGCGUAAGAGCUCAAAAAAUCGUCGUCCCUGGCGAGGUUCUGCCACCUCCGAAUCCAGACUCUCCUCCGCCAUCCGACUUCUCGCCCUCUCCUUCUCCUCCACCUCGCUCCCCCAAUCAUGAUAAAUCUCGCAAUCCCAACAAAGCUGUUGGAAGGCUUCCCAAAACUCCAAAGCUCCCCAAGUCCGCCACAGAGCCCAAAGAAGCUACACAGAAACCCCCUCGUGUGCGCCUGCCUGGCUCUUCUGGCACAAAUGCACACUCGGCCGUCGCGGGCAUCAGCACUUCGAACGCAUUGAUGGCUCUGACCGCUCCGCCUCCAGAUGCAGUUCCUGGUAGCAAGUGGUUGCCAUGGAAGAGACUGACCGAGUACGAGAUGGCCACGCUGCGCAAGAGGAUGAAGAAGAAUGCAAUCUGGCUCCCUUCACCUGCUAUGAGGAAUCGUGAGCUGAAGAACCUCGGCAGAGGUAUAACUGCCAUGGAGGAAGCCAAAGCCGCCGCCGAAGCCUCUGGUCAGGAGUUUGUUGACGAAUUCGACCCUCUCACUUGGACUGAUCCUACUUGCAUUCAUAUCACCGACGCACAACAGGCCGAGACUGCUAAGAUGCUUGGGCCCGAGUUACCAGACGACAACCAGGAUGCUGCGCUUAUUAACCGUGGCAUGCGUCUCAACGAAGCUAAAAAGCUCAAACGCGAAAAGCUCAAGGCUGAAGAGGCUAUAAGACUACAAGAGGAGGCUGGUUUGCAACCCCCUCCUGAGCAGAACAAGGAGAAGAAAUCACCCCCAAAGCCACAGCCAAAGCCAAAGUCACAGGCACAAGCACAAGCACAAGCACAAUCGCAAACGGGGCCAGCUGAGCCACCUAAGCCGCCUCAGCCUCAGUCAGAGCCAGCUGUGGAACAACAAGAGGUGGUUCAGACACCAGCUGCGCCAAGUGAAGCAGCCACUCAGACUCCAGCUGCAAGCACAAGAGCAAUGAGGCCGACAACGAUUACUCUCAAGCAUUCCGCCACUAAGGCUGCAUCGGCAGAGCCAGCCAACACACGACAAAGCUUACGUCGUAACUCCAAUGCUUCGCUACCAAGCUCUGGGAACAACAAAUCUCGCUCUCCUGCACCUGGCAACGUUGCCGGUCCUGCAGAAACCAGUACCGGAAGACGGCCUACUCGCAGAAAGCCGCCUCAGGGGGUCCUUCAAGCCGAGGAAAAUGGUACAAAGGUCAUAGUAGGCAGACCAAAGGGUGCUUCGAAGAAAAAGAAGAAAGAGGCCAAGGAAGAGACUGCCACUCCUGCCAUCGAAGAUGAGCUGAUCGACCCCGAUGAGCCACGCUAUUGUAUUUGUGGAGAUGUCAGUCACGGCACCAUGAUUGCCUGUGACAACGAUAGCUGUGAACUCGAGUGGUUCCAUCUCGAAUGUGUCGGCCUCACAGAGCUUCCCGGAAGGAGGGCCAAGUGGUAUUGUCCAAUCUGUCGCGAGAAGCUCAAGGUCGGACUGGACAAGAAUGGAAUCGUCGGAUGA